AUGAGACCAGAUCGAUACAAUAAACGUGAAUUGAUAGAGCUACAUGACACAUCAACGUGUGUUACAAUAAAUGCACGCGUAAUAGACAAGCGUAGCUUCGGUAUAGAGAGGUUCAUCUUACCUGAAUUAGUAGUUGAAGUUGACGGAUUUGAUUCGCCACUACAAUUACGAAUAUACGAUAAAGCGAUGAUAACGAAUCGUCAGCGAUUCAAUAGAUGGAAUAACAAACUUGAAUUGGCAUAUAUUAACUACAUAAAGCAAGAAAAUGUUAAUUCCUUACUAAAGAAUGAUAAACUCAUGAGAGAUAUCGAAAUCGCAGUUAACAAAAUGCAUAACUUGCCGAUAGAUGUUGACUUUCCUAGUUGUGAAUAUAGUCAUCUUGAAAGAGAGGCUUAUUUUCAUUACAAAGUAAAGAAAUCAUUCGAACACACACGUGAAUACUACGAAAAAUUAUCCAAGAACAUUGGACAAAGGUUACCACACAUCCAUGGAUACUAUACCAUUCAAAUAUACGACGAUCAACAAGAUGAUUUACUUAAAGUUGAUGCUAUAUUAAUGGAGGACAUUAAUAGUGUAUAUAAAAGAUCAAACGAGAGCGUUUUUGAUAAAGCACCAGUAUCACAAUGGCCUGAUAUCAGUAAUCAAAUGUUCGAUAUAGUUAAGAAGUUUGACGAAAUAAACCACGUUGAUCUUCAUAUUAGUUUACAAUCUUUCAAAUAUCGCGUGAAUGAUGAUGGAAAGUAUCAUAUACUUAUCGAUGACGCGAAAUUUGGCAGAUUUAGAAAUGAAAAUGACAACGACGAACAAUGGAGGCGCUUGAAAAGACAGGCUAAUGAACUUAACCAAUUGGGUUUACAAAUUCUAUGUCAAUUUGAAGAGAAUGGUCAAAAUUACGACUUCAAGCCGUCCUUCAAAUAUCACAAAGAUCAUCAAGGUGAUUCUAUCAAUAUGAUGAAAUAUGCAUCGUAUCUAAAUGAAUUGGGACCAACUUUCAAUCGUUAUAGAAGGGACAUCGGCUAUUCAAUAGAUUUCCCAUAUGCCGUCGGUGAUAAAAUACCAUUAUCAGUUGAAAAAAGUAGUCUUACAUCAUCUAACCAGAUUGAUGUUGAGAUAGUCAAGAUAUUCCAACCAGUUACGGUAUCUCCAGCAAUGCUAGUUCGAUUUGAUAAUCAAAUAAUGGUACUCAAAUUAUAUGAUCGUCGAUGCUCACCAAUGGGAAGGUUUGUCACAAAAGAUGACAAUGGUUAUGAAGAUUGGAAUGAAGAUAUUGAGCAAGAUUAUCGCAAUUAUAUCGAAAACGAAUCAAAAAUAGAUUUCAACAUUGACGCAUACAUGCAAAAUGAAAGCGAGCGUGAUCAUGCUCGAGAUGAGGAAGUAUUGCGGAGGAACUGCGAUGAUUUUUUCACAACUGAACUGAAAACUUACAAUGCAUUAGAGGAGCUUCAAGGGAAUGAUAUACCGAAAAUGUAUGCAUCAGUUAAAUACACCACUUAUAACACUCCAAAAAAACAUUUGCAAGGUUACUUUGAUAUUCCUGGACUACUCCUCGAGUACAUUCCUGGACCAAAGCUUGACAAGAUGUUUGAGAGUGUUGAUCAAUCACAUUGGUUUGGUCUCGUUCAGCAGACUACUACACUGCUUCAUCGUAUGUUUGACCUUGGUGUGACUAACAUUGACGCUCGACCGGAUCAAGUUAUUGUGAGAGCUCAUAAUGAUGGCUACCACCCAGUUAUGAUAGACUUUGGCGAAUGUCUUCUCAGAGAGGAUCUGCACAAUGAUUCUGAUAAUAAUAGAUGGAAUAUUGAAAAUAACAUUAACGGAAUUAUGCAACAGAAGUUCGACGAGAUUGGAGUUGAGUUUAGGUAUGAACAUAAAGGCUUCGUGGGUGGUUGCUGUAGUCACGCAUAAAAUUGUUAUUUGAAUUAAUUUUAUUGAUAAGGAAGAAUUGCAUUAUUGUAGAACCGAAAGUUAACAUCAAACUGGUUUCUAAAAUCAUAAAAGCUA